UGCGGAUGCAGCAUCGUUUCUGCAGAGAAAUGCGGGGGUGAACGUUGCGAGGACACCGUGCACGCAUGGGCUUCAGCAAUGCUGUGCCUGGCAUCGUUGCCGGCAUCCCGUCAACUGCUUCAGAAGUCAGCUUGGUGGGUGCAGCUGGCGAGCGGUACUUUGUUUUUUUAAUCUCCUUUGAAUUGAAGAUAUUAAAAGAUAGGAAAGCGGAGACAUCGGUAGGCAUGAAGGAUGGCCACCAUUGUUAUGGUUUUGAACUUCGCUUUUUCCCUUGAUGAGGCUUGCUGACAGUACUUGUACAUCCUCCGUAGGAACACUGUUAUACCAUCCCGAUUACGCGUCAACGGCUUUUUCUUGUUUGCUGAACGUUGCUCGUCUUCGUAUAUUAGUUUUUUAGGGACCGUUGGGAACACUUUUGUUAUGCCGCGUCAGGUCAACCACAAACCCUGCUGAUUACUCAUGUCUUGCUUUGCGAUUGCUCCUCCUUGCGGACUAGUUUGUCGGGUCGAGCUCGAGAAGUGGCGGGGGAGAGGAGGAGGUCGGGGGUCGGUAUCAGGUUUUCCUUACUUUGUCCUCUGACUGGGAACAGCAGGUUGAGGGAGUCUGGCUGUUUUCAAGGAGUAGAGCGAGCGAGCGAGCGAUCAAAACAUAUCACUGCAGACAUCGAUUCGGCUCGGUGAGACCUUUAUUUACUUUUCUUACGCCAUCUCUAUGAGAAUUUCUUAUGGCAGUUUUUUUGUGGUACAUUACCAUCGUUCGUUUUUUUUUAAUUUUUCUGUUUUUUCCCCUUAGUAUUCUCUAUAGUAUAAGCAUUGUGAAGUUCGGAGUCCGGAGACCCCGACACUCUUCAAAGGUGAGGGUGAGAUAGUGGAACGAAAAGUUAGUGGGUAGACUCGAUACUCUUCAAGGGUAGUUAAGUGGGACGUGAAAUCUCCGGCCAGCAGCGAUGGCGACGACAGUGAAAUAAUUGGGUCUGUGGCGUGGACUCUUAGAUCGUCUCUGCAAGCGAUAUGAUGAAGGCGGACUUGAUUGAAAUCUCUCCGCUGCCACCACCGAUGCUAAGCCAAGGCGUUGGGCCUUUGGUCCGUCGCGCUAUCUCAUUGGAGUAUCAGUUCUCGAUACCGACAUGCAAACGCGGUUUCAAAACCUUUUAUGCUUGAAGAACGGUGGAAGUGUAGGGGGUUUCGGGAGUGAAGAUGGUCUGGACGUCUUCACGUCUUGUCUGAAAAAGCGGGGCCAAGCAAGCGAUCAAUGUCUUCACCAAUCACCUCUGGUUGCAGGUUGAAGUCCUCUGUUAAAAUGGCGAGUCGGUCUUAUUGAUCGACGCAAAGCACAUGCUGCACAGAGGGAGAAGUGAUUACGUGUUGCACAGAGGCGGAGAUGGAGAUGGGUUCACAGGUGGGCAGGGGAGGAGGAUGGCGAGAAACGGGGGAAGCGACUGGGUGAUGCUGAAGAUAGUGGCAUCUGCAGGCGACGCAAAGGGGAAGAGUCCACAAAUUUCCAGACAUUUGUGCAGUCCCAAUGGUCCGCGUGUGUCGGCAGCAGGAUGGCGAGAAACGGGAGAAGCGACUGGGUGAUGCUGAAGAUAGUGGCAUCCACAGGCAACGCAAAGGGGAAGACUCCAGAAAUUUCCAGACAUUUGUGCAGUCCCAAUGGUCGGUGCGUGUGCGUGUCGGCAGGAAAGGGGGCCCCGCAGAACGGGAGGAAGGGGGAAUGGGUGGUGCUCGAGAGAGCAGCAUCCAGGGGCCAAGUGAAUGGGAAGAGGCCAGAAUUUCGCAGACCUUUGUACAGUCCCUAGCGCGGGUGCGUGUCGGCACCCUGCGAACAUCAAACGGGGUCGGGUCAGUGAUAUACGUGUGCAUUUCAACCUCUUUUCCUGAAGAGUUCAGUGUAGGGCACUAGACACAGACCCCCUUUUCUUUGAAUAAUGGAGUGCAGGCCAGGCACGUCACCCCCUUUUGUUCGACAUCAUGACAGUGAAGUAGACGUGAACCUGGACAGCGAAUAACGGAACACGGACGGAUGCAAAGAAUACGAAUGAUGCUUAUAAUAGGUGUGCGCCGGUAAGAAGUUUCAGUGUUUGUGACGGCGAUGCGAGCGAGAAGAUUCGGUGUUUGUGACGAGGAUGCGAGUGAGAAGAUUCAGUGUUUGUGACGAGGAUAGUCUGAGUGGCACCUUGGAAAGCAGAUCUCAGGAAAGAGACCUGAGCAGCGGCGGUGGUGUGGGAGGAUGGAGCUCUCCACCAGUGCAGUAGACGCGAACCUGGGCAGCGAAUAGUGGAGAAUGCGGAUGACACAAAAGGAAUAUGAAGGAAUAUGAACGAUGCGUAUAAAAGAGGUGCGUGCGCGUGAGAAGAUUCAGUGUUGCGAGUGCGAAGUUUCAGUGUUUGUUACGAGGAUAGCGUGAGUGGUGACGUGGAAAGCAGAUCUCGGGAAAGAGACCUGAGCAGCGGAUGUUGUGGGCGAAUGAAUAAAGCUCUCACCGGCAAAAUAGUCGAAGGUGGUAUAGGUUGGACAGAUCACAAGAGAGAAUGCGUACGAGCGUUAGCUUCUGCAGAGAUCUGCCUGACUCAGGGCAUACUCACACUGGCACUUUUCAAAAUGAAUCUGAUUGCAUUUAUCUCCAGACCCAAUGAAUCUGACCGCAAUCAUGUCCAGAGCAUAUUAGAAAAAUAACUAGUGUGACUAUGCCCUCAGACAUACAAGUAUUCAAGAAGCAAAUGAGAAGUGACGGAGUGGAAGCGAAGCUGUCUUUCCUUUUGCAUUGGUCAUAUGCCACGGUGAAGGAAGGGGAAGAGGCUCAGGAGGUAUAAGGGAAUAGGCUUGGGAGGAUUUACUCUCACAGCCACUCAGCAUCCCGCCCGCUUCUGGCAAGCUCUGAAUUCUUUAUCUUCCAAUUACAUUCCAUUUAUUUGAGCACUCCUUGUAAUCACUGAUCAGUCGGCAUGCGACAGGAUUCGAACCUGUGCCCUGAGCGGUGAUCGGUGAACAGACUUAAUACACAAGCGAAGGUACGAGUAUGGGCUGGUUCACAUAGAUCACGUAGCGUUUCAUCGUACCGACAGGAUUUGAACCUGUGACCUGAGAGGUGAGACCUUAAGUGCAAGUCCCGUUGUUCCGCGGAGACGGCGAAUCUUAUGACAAGAUGUACAGACACUGUUUCCCCUCUUCCCCCUCCCCCUCUCUCGCACAGCCACAAAGAUGAUGGUUGUUGUGAGAUCAUAUCAUAUUAGAUGUCACACGGUCAAGACGAAGCCUUCAUGCCUGCAUCGGACUCUUCUCGUGGAGAUGGCGAAUCAUACGACAAGAUGUACAGACGCGGUUACCCAUCUUCCCCCUCCCCCGCCCCCUUCCUCGCGCAGCCACAAAAAUGAUGGCUGUUGUGGGAUCAUAGAAGAUGUUUUUCACACAGUCAAGAAACCUUCAUGCCUGCAUCAGACUCUUCUUGGGGAGGGAGAGAAGGAAGUGAGGAGGGAUGGAGGGAGGAAUUCGAUCCCCGAACUUUGAGUUCUGCUCUUAAACACAAUAAGGUGCAGGUUUCACAGAGUUAGGGAGAGCGGAUAGGAGAGAAGCAUUAUAUCGUACUUGGCCAACGGUGGAGGCUCUUGAGGAAGAUUAUAUGUCUCACCUCGCCAAUGCUAGAGGAGCACCUAGAGAGGAAGGAUGUGUGUGUAUGCGGUUUGGCACGGCGUCCAUGGUAUUAUAAUAUGAGUAGACAUCGUGGCGGUCGUGGUGCUGCUGCUGCUCAUGGUGUGUCCACGGGGAGGUAGUAUGUCGUUUUGAGGGUUGAAGAUGAGCUUGGAGGUCUGAGAUGGUUUUCAGGGCCACGUCCCACCGUCCCAGGGGCCAGGUGGUGGUUUUAAAUAGGGACCAUUUUUAAUCCCUUAAGG